UGCAGCACCGAUUCUUUUUAGUCGUUGCACUGAAGCCCUUGCUGGUUUCCAGUGGCAACGCGGAUUGAGGCCACACGACGCUGCCACAGUGUGAAUAGAGUUGCCACCUCUGAGAUACAUAAGACAACAGGACAGCUGAACAGAAGGGCCCUUGUUAAAAGUUUAAACCCUCUAGAAACCCUAGUCAAACAAUAGGGUGUUGCGGCUACCUUAUUUAUUUCUGCUGCCUUAAAUAAAGAUACUCUGCACCAUGACAAGUGAAACUGAAGCAAGUGAAAGACAAAAUGUGUCUAGAAACUAUGAAGAUGAGUCUUUUGAGUCAUGGCCAAGUUCCAAGAGCAGCAGCACUGUGAAAUAUCCUGGAGACUCCCUUGAUCCCUGCUCUGUUGAAUCUGGAAGGACAGAGAGUUACAGCAGCAGCGAGUCAUUCGAAUCAUACUGCUCUCAUGAGGAGUUCAGUCCACACACUGAAAGUAGACCAGCUUCCUCUGUAAAGGAAUACCAAGAUGAGGAGUUUGAGUCCUGUGACGAUGCAGGGAUCACAGCCGAGGAAGAGCUUGCAGAAAAAUGGAUGAGAGUUCUGAAGAGUAAAGCUUCCUUUUCGACUGUGAGCCAGGAAAGGAGAUCAAACGCUUCUCCCCAAACAGAUGUUCUGGAGCUUUGCCCUGAAGAGUCAAAAGCUGUGAAAUCUUUUUGCAGGGAGAAGAUCAGAAAAAUGGGACGCUGGCAGAAACGAUCCGAGUGCUGCAGGCACAGGGAGCAGCAGCAGUCUCUACCAGGUUCAGCGCAGCGAGAGACAACAUUAAACUGCAGGAUCCCUGAGCACCUAGUUACCAGGUUACAACUAAAACACAUCAUGGAGAUAGUGAAGCAGGCAACAGAAGUGGAGAUACACCAGCCAUCAAUGUGCAGUGCCUGUCUGUCUAAAAGAGCAGAACUAGCGAGAGAGAGCUUUAUUAAAAUAAAGAAGACCCAACUGGAAUCUGUAUUGCUGCAAGAGAAGCUUGAAGAAAAUCUGUACAACAGAGAUCCUAUCUGCCUGGUGGGAGAAGUACUGAAAGACCUUCCGAAACUUUCUGAUGACCCCAGCAAGAUCUGGCAUGCACUGAUCAAAAAGGAGCAAGUGACGUGAUUCUAAAGAAAGCUUACGUGUUUGAAACAAACAGCAACCAUUUGGCAACCAUUCCAUUCACUAUGCAUUAAAGAAUGAGAACAA